CUUCAACAAUUAAUUCCACACUUCUAGUGUAGUGGAAUUGUCCUUCAAGAAUUAACAACAUUUGGUGGUCUAUAUUGAGGAAAGCUCCUUAAUCCAUUUGACCUUAACCAUUCUUCAGGUACACAAAAGCUAAUUGAUAAGCUGCAAUGGCAAGAAAUAAUGUCGAUUCAAACGACGAGUGUGAGAGGCUUAUUUUUGCUGCGAUGAAUGGUGACUGGAAAUCUGUUGAGGACAUAAAAGACCUUCAAAGAAAAAUUACAACGAAAGAAGAAACCACUCUUCAUAUUGCUGCUGCAGCAAACCAGGAAAAAUUUGUGAAGAAUUUAUUGAAAACGAUGGAAACAGAAAACCUAACAGAAGUAAACAAUGUUGGGAACACCGCCUUGACCUACGCUGCUGCAACUGGAACUGUGAAUAUUGCUCGGGCAAUGAUAAGGAAAAAUAAAAACCUGCCAAACCUAAGUACUGGGGUGAAACCACUCCGUAUGGCUGCUUCCUCAGGACACGAACAAAUGGUGGUGUUUCUUUAUUCUAAGACAAAAGUUAGCGAGUGGACUGAAGAUGAGCAGAAUGAUUUAUUUAUCACUUGCGUUGAGGGUGAUUUAUACGGAGUAGCCUUGAAAAUGCUGGAGGCCAACUCUAAUUUAGCCAUCGCUAAAAAGGACGGAGAGACUGCAUUGCAUGUGUUGGCUCGCAAUCCUUCCGCAUUUGUUAGUGAAACUCAAUCAAGGUUGAUGUUACAACAGGAAAAUUUGAAGCAAAUUGAAGCCAAUAUACUGUUUGAUAAAUGUCUUCAGGCUUACAGGGGUCAUGUUGAGAAUCCAUUGGUGAUUCCACAUGUUCUGUUUGAUGCAGCAAAUGUAGGCAACAUUGAGUGCUUGAUUAAGCUUAUUCGUUUUGACUUUGAUCUAUUAUGGAAAAAAAAAGAUAAUAAAAGCAUAUUUCAUGUUGCUGUUGAGAAGCGCCAUGAAAGCAUAUUCAAUUUACUUAAUGAGAUAGGCUCCAUUGGAAAUCUAAUAAUAGAUCAAAAAGAUGGAAGCAACAUGUUGCAUUUAGCAGCAGAAUUGGCACCAGAAGACAAGCUGAAUGCUAUAUCAGGAGCAGCUCUUCAAAUGCAACGAGAAAUAUUAUGGUUCAAGGAGGUGGAAAAGGUUGUACCACCUGCGUUCAAAGAAAUGAAAAAUGGAGGUCAGGAAACACCGUAUGUUUUAUUUAAGAGGACACACAAGGAGUUAAGGACGAAGGGAGAGAAGUGGAUGACAGACACAGCUAAUUGUUCUAUGGUGAUUUCUACACUAAUUGGCUCUAUAAUGUUUAGUGGCCUAAUAGCUGAUGGAUUAGAUGAUGGUUCUAAUCUUUAUCUUGCCUUUUCAAUUUCAAGUGCAAUAGCAUUAUUCUCCUCUUCAACAUCCCUAGUGUUUUUCUUAUCCAUCCUUACCUCCCAUUAUUCCUACGAAGACUUUCUUGCACGGUUACCUACUAGGUUGUUGUAUGGAGUCGCCACACUUUGCAUCUCAAUUGCGGCCAUGAUGGUUGCAUUUCUUACAUCCUUUCGGUUGAAGAAUCUUAACCGGAAGGAAUUACCAGUGAUCUUUGAUGUCAUUGGUUUUUUUGCUUGUGUGCCAAUCUUAUUAUACGUGUUGCUGAUGUGGGACCUAUUUGUUUAUAUAGCCAAAUCUACCUUCUUUCAGUAUAAGCCACGCCAACAUCUACUUUACAAGGAGGUAUCCCACGGACCAGCAAAUCCUCCCAUCCAAGAACUAGGGAAUCUGGCAAGGGUCUGAACUCUGAAUCCAGCACCCACUGCAAUAAUUUGGCGUAUAAAAUAAUUAUUAGCAAUGGCCAUUUAAGUGCGACUAGUCAAUCUUUUAUGUUGCUUUCCAU